AUGGCCUCCAUAUUCAACCAGAUCCAGGGCCGAGUCCCUCGCCGCUAUGUUGCGCUUGUGGCCUUCUUCUUCUUUGUCGCCCUCUUCCUCUGGAGCGGCUUUGAUGUCGUGCCUCGAUCUCCCACCGUCGGCAGAUUCAAGUAUGUGCCCAGCAGCUACAACUGGGCCAAGGCCAAGGUCUAUCACCCCGUCAAGGACAUGAAGAUGCUACCGCAGGGAACACCCAUAACCUUUCCCAAGGUGCAGCUGAAGAACCAUUCAGAGAACCAAGACGCCACCUCCAGCACUCGGAAACAGGCUGUCAAGAAUGCCUUCAUCAAGAGCUGGGAGGCGUACAAGACCCAUGCGUGGGGCAAGGACCAACUGCAACCCCUCUCAGGCGGCGGAAAGGAUACCUUCAGCGGUUGGAUGGCACAGGUGGUGGAUGCGUUGGACACCCUGUGGAUCAUGGACCUCAAGGAAGACUUCUAUCUGGCCGUUAAAGAAGUGGCGGCGAUCGACUGGGCCACGACCCAUGACAACAACGUUAUCAAUUUGUUCGAGGUGACUAUUCGAUAUCUUGGCGGGUUGCUUGCUGCAUACGAUCUCUCCCAGGAGCCCGUCUUGCGUGCAAAGGCAAUUGAGCUUGGUGAUGCACUCUAUGCCACCUUUGAUACCCCGAACCGUCUGCCAUCCCACUGGCUUGACUACAGCAAGGCCAAAAACGGCGAACAGACAGCCGAUGACAGCAUGUCGGGGGCUGCUGGUGGCACCCUCUGCAUGGAAUUCACCCGCCUCUCACAAAUCACAGGCGAUCCCAAGUAUUACGACGCCACGGAGCGCAUCAAGCAGUUCUACUACCGCUUCCAGAACGAGACCUCUCUCCCGGGCCUUUGGCCAGUGACCAUGAACUUUCGCGAUGAGCAGCUUAUCGAGACUCGAUACACUAUCGGAGCCGGCGCCGAUUCCAUGUACGAAUAUCUGGUCAAGAUGCCCGUUCUUCUGGGGGGACUGGACCCCCAAUAUCCCGAAAUGGCCGUCAAGGCUCUCGAUACCGCUAGGGACUACCUGCUGUAUCGUCCCAUGACUCCAAAAGACGAAAACAUUCUCAUGGCUGGAAAUGCACUGGUGGACCACGGCAAUGUAGAGCGAAUUUAUGAGAUGCAGCACCUGACUUGCUUUGCAGGCGGCAUGUAUGCAAUGGCUGGCAAGCUCUUCAAGCGAGACGACUAUGUUGAUCUGGGCUCCCGCCUCUCGUCCGGCUGUGUAUGGGCGUAUGACUCCUUCGCCUCUGGCAUCAUGCCCGAGGCAGCAGACUUGGUGGGCUGCAAGAAACUCGACGGGCCCUGCCCAUACGACGAAACUGCUAAACACUAUCUCUUACGGCCCGAAGCCAUUGAGAGUGUAUUUUACAUGUACCGCAUUACCGGGGAUCAGGUUUGGAGGGAUACGGCGUGGAGGCUGUGGGAGAACAUUGUCAGGGAGACGGAGGUUGAUCUGGCGUUUGCCAUUGUUGAAGACGUUACCGUGAGCAAGGGCACCAACGGCGAUGUGAUGGAGACGUUUUGGCUGGCUGAAACGCUCAAGUACUUUUACUUGAUUUUUGACGAUGAAGGCGUGAUCGACUUGGAUGAGUGGGUGUUUAACACGGAGGCGCAUCCGUUUAAGCGGCCGGUGGUGUGA